AUCUGCCCUUCUAGUCAUUGCUAGUUUGAUUUUACAAACAGGUUUCCGUUCUGACCUAGUGACCCAGCUGAAAUGUAUUUGAGUUAUUACUGCGCCCUUUCUCUUUGAUCGCCAUGCAACCUUGGCUCAUAUUGGUGACUUUAUUUUUCAGAGAAUCCUAUGUUUCUUUCCAGUGUUGGUACAAAACGUAAAGUCCUCAAUUUUGGAUCCUGUCAGCUGAAGUGAUACCCAUGAUGCUAUGCGCUCAUCUAAGUGCGGAACGAUUUUAAUGCUAUGGCCAAUGUGUUCUUUUGGCUUCUAUUGGCUUUCAUGUACUUAACAUUACAAUGGAAAUAUAAUGGUGCUGAAGGCAAAUUGUCUACCGAAAGUGGCUGCAAACUGUUUUACAGGGUUGCGGAUUGUAGCCAUUUACAGCUUUUGUCAGUUCCUCAGAACCUACCUACUGAUAUUCAAGAGCUGCUUCUAGAUUUCAAUCAAAUAAGGUUUCUGCAUAAAAACUCCUUUCUAAGAUAUCAUGACUUAACAAACCUUAGCUUGCGAUCUAAUCGAAUGGAAUUUGUGGAGCCAGGAGCCUUUAAUGGCAUUAGGAGCCUGAAAGUCCUCUCACUACAGAACAACACUAUAUCUAUGGAAUAUGAAUUAACAUCCGCAGCUUUAAGACUGACCCCAUCCCUUAAAGAACUGGAUUUGUCUAGGAAUAUGCUUACAAUGGAUAUGGUAUCAGUUCUUCAUCAGAACUUAACAUCCCUUGAAAGGCUUUUUUUGGAUAACAAUAUUAUCAUGCGCUUGGACCAAACUGUGUUUGAGGGCCUAGUUCAUCUGAAGGAGUUAAGUUUGCAGUGGAACUACAUUUAUGAAAUUGAAGAUGGUACAUUUGAGGGACUUGUGAAAUUGAAGAAACUAGAUUUGGCUUAUAACCUAUUGCCAUGCAUUGGCGACUUUAGACUAACACAAAUUCAGAUGCUCAAUUUAAGCUUCAACAACCUUGAAUGGUUCCAAUCACAAGAGACUGAUGUUGAGUUCCACCUGGAGAUAUUGGACAUUUCCAACAACCAGCUGCUCUUCUUCCCACUUUUGCCCAGGCAACAUCGUCUGCAUACGUUGCUGCUCUCCAAUAACAGGAUGAGGUUCUAUGGUGACAUUUUUGGUACAAACACCUCCAGGGCUGAUUUUCUGAUUGUAGAAAAUAACAUCACAUCUGUCACUACAGUUGACCUUUGGAGUGAUGAUAUACACAGCAAUCUCUCCACAUUACAUUACCUUGAUAUGAGCCAUAACCAAUUUGCUUUCUUUCCUCAUGGAUUUUUUUCCAACAUGAGCUCAUUGGCAUAUUUAAAACUUAACUGGAACUGUUUACAGGUAUUUAGUGUUUCACCAUCAAACAUUACCAGUUUGCUUGAUGAACUUGAUCUCAGUAAUAAUGAGCUCCUUGAGCUACAAGCAGAUAACAUUUCCCCAGGCAUUUUGAGUCUUAGCUAUUUUAACUUGAGCAGUAACAAUUUGUACAAUCUCCCUAAGAACAUCUUCACAUCCAUGACCAGGAUACACACAAUUGAUAUGAGCAAUAAUCCCCUCCACUUGUGUUCCCAGUCUGAGUUGAGAAUGGGUGAAGGAAAAUGUGUAGAUGUUAGAAAUGUACCAUCCCUCAGGCGCCUUUACUUGUCUGGUUGUGGGAUGGAACUGGGAUUGCAAAGGGUUUUCUAUGGAAACACAUUAACACAUUUGGAUCUUUCUUAUAACAAUAUCAAAGGCAUUACCUUUUUAGCUGACACUGCAAGAACGCUACAGUCUCUCUUCCUAAGGAGCUGCUUGGCAUUUAACAUCACUGUUGAUUUCUCUGUUUUUAUGAGCUUGACUGUCCUUGAUAUAUCUGGAAAUGCCCUCACUACAUUUCCUGCCUCUCUAACUGGAUUGGCACUUCAUUACUUGGACCUCCACAACAAUAACCUGAUUUCCCUUCCCUUGUAUAAUACUCAACGUCUGAUUGGGAGCCUUAAAAUUGUAUAUAUAAGUAACAACUCAUUUGAUUGCUGUGAACUGGGUUGGAUGAAUGUACUUAUCCAUUCCAUUAGGAUUCCUGAUCUUCAGAAGGUGACUUGCAGCUUCUCAAAUAGAUAUUUCCCAGUAUGGAAUCUUCCAGAGUCUAUAAACCAUAGCUGCCAGUGGACAAAUGGUGGACCCUGGCUGUACUUGCUGCUCACACUGCCUGUGUGCCUGACUUUACUUGUUGCUCUUCUCCUGCUGUUUUUGACUUUCAAGCAAACACUUUUACAGACAGUCAAAAGACGUUGCAGGAGAUCCACUAGCUACUGAGAUCUUGUGCAUAGCACAUGUAAUGAUCAUGGGAGGAUGGCUUAUAAAUCCCUUUGGGAUUUUUGUAUUAUGACAGGGCAAUAAACAAUGUCUGUACCUUCAAGUAAGGGUUUGAUAAAAGCAUUAAAGAGA